AUGGUGGGCUUGGGUGGAGAUUUUGCACUGAAGGGGCGGACGAGGGGACGGGGGACAGCGAGCGGGGAAGGAGGGCGUGCGACGAGUGCGCGGACGGGGAGGGCGCGGACGAGCAGGGCGCGCGGACGGGCAGGGCGCGGACGAGCAGAGCGCGCGGACGGGCAGGGCGCGGACGAGCAGGGCGUGCGGACGGGCAGGGCGCGGACGAGCAGGGCGUGCGGACGGGCAGGGCGCGGACGAGCAGGGUGUGCGGACGGGCUGGGCGCGGACGCGAAGGGCGGACGAGCAGGGCGCGCGGACGGGCACGGCGCGGACGAGCAGGGCGCGCGGACGGGCACGGCGCGGACGAGCAGGGCGCGCGGACGGGCAGGGCGCGGACGAGCAGGGCGUGCGGACGGGCAGGGCGCGGACGAGCAGGGCGUGCGGACGGGCAGGGCGCGGACGAGCAGGGCGUGCGGACGGGCAGGGCGCGGACGAGCAGAGAUGGGCGCGAAAUGGUCAGAUUUCAGCGCGGGAGAUGCAGAUCUGGUCGCGCGGAGGGCAGAUCUGGGCGCGCGGAGGGCAGAUCUAGGCGCGCGGAGUGCAGAUCUGGGCGCGCGGAGUGCAGAUCUGGGCGCGCGGAGUGCAGAUCUGGACGCGCGGAGUGCAGAUCUGGGCGCGCGGAGUGCAGAUCUGGGUGCGAAAUGUUCAGAUCUGGGCGCGGGAGGAGGAGAUCUGGUGGCGCGGAAUCCAGAUCUGGGCGCGGAAUGA